AUGAUGGGCUGCGAGGAGUCAGAGCUGAACUCGGGAGAACGGGAGGCGGCCAUUGCGGCCCCGGGGCCACCCCCGGAACCCUGCUCCCCGGAGCCCGGAGCUCCCGUGCCCGAGCCCGGCCUGGAUCUCAGCCUGAGCCUGAGCUCGCGGUCCGAGAGCCCCGAGCAGCCGAACUGCAGCCCGGGGCGCGGGAAGGGGCGGGCAAACCGGAGGGGCGGGGCCCGCAAGGAGCGGCAGGUCCGUUUCCGCCUGGCGCCGUCCUCCCCGGUCCGGUCCCAGCCGCUGCCGGUCCCGGCCGCGCCGAGCGCGAAGCCCGCGGCGGCGCAGGACCUGGCUGCGCCCGCGCCGCACAGCAGCCUGGCGCUGGGCCUAGAGCUGCAGGCGGCGCGGGCCGCAGCCGCGGGCCCCUUCGAUGCCGCGAAGGCCGUGGAGGAACAGCUGAGAAAAUCGUUCCAGACCCGCUGUGUGCUGGAGGAGAGCGUGGCCGAGGGACUGAACGUGCCGCGCUCCAAGCGGCUCUUCCGGGACCUGGUGAGCCUGCAGGUGCCCGAGGAGCAGGUUCUGAACGCCGCGCUGAGGGAGAAGUUGGCGCUCCUGCCGCCGCAGGCCCGAGCCCCGCCUCCAAAGGAGCCACCUGGGCCAGGGCCGGACAUGACUAUGCUGUGUGACCCAGAAACAUUAUUUUAUGAAUUUCCACACCUGAACCUGGACAGUCUGCCCUCUCUCCGCCUUCAACUCCGGCCCCGCCCUUCAGAGGACACCUUCCUCAUGCACCGAACACUAAGGCGAUGGGAAGUGUAG